GUGGAGUCUGACCACAAACCCCUCGUGCAAAUCUAACACCAAGAGGCUCGACGACCUCACUCCGCGCAUACAACGAUUGCGUAUGCGGACUCUGGAAUACGACUUCUCUGUGACGUUCGCACCGGGGAAACAGCUAUACACCGCGGAUGUCCUGUCAAGAAAUCCACUUUCACGCACCGACGACGUUGGCGGCAACUUGGAGUCUGUAGUGGCAGAAUACGAAAUCCUCACCGAGUUUUUACCUGCUUCUCACACCAUGCUGUCACGCAUAAGGGACGCCCUGAAGAAAGAUGCGACCCUUCAUCAAGUCAUGGAGUACUGUGAGGCACAGUGGCCAGAGGUUAGUACUCUUCCAGAAGACGUACGGAAAUGCGUCAGCGUGGCUGACGAACUUUCGGUGGUACGGGGACUUCUGCUUCGAGGCUCCCGCUUAGUCGUACCACCAGUCCUCAGAAACGAAAUUCUUGAGCGUUUGCACACGGGACACCAGGGAAUAACCAGGUGCAGAGCAAGGGCCCGUGAAUCGACGUGGUGGCAUGGCAUCAGCAAGCACCUGCAGGACUACAUCCAGAGGUGUCCGACUUGCCAAUCACACAGGGCACCUGGGACGGAGCCGCUGCUGCAGACCCCUCUCCCAGAGCGUCCGUUGCAAGUGAUAGGGAUGGACAUUUUCUAUGCCAACCGUAAAAAUUACCUGGUAGUAGUAGACUAUUUCUCGAAGUUUUUCGAGGUUGUCAGGCUGAAGACUACCACGACAGCCGACGUCAUCUCUGAGUUGGCACCAAUGUUCGCACGCUAUGGAAUUCCAGAUAUCGUCCGUUCGGACAACGGCCCGCAGUUUACUUCGGCGGAAUUCCUACGGUUCUUCGUCACCCAGGGGGCCAAACUUGUCACGCCAAGUCCUCACUUUCCGCAAAGUAACGGACAGGCGGAACGCACAGUGCAAACGGCUAAGGCUCUCCUGUCCAACGCUCCAGAUAUUGACAGAGCGCUCCUGGCGCAUCGGAGUACACCAGGGGCAUGUGGCUACUCUCCGGCAGAACUCCUCAUGGGUCGACGUCUCAAGACCAACGUUCCAGUCAAUCCAGCUUCACUUGUUCCACCAUGGCCCCAGGUUCGAAAGUACCGGAGGCGGUACAAGAAGCUCCAACGCUCCCAGGCUCAGGGGUACGACAGCCGACAUCGCGCAACGGAGCGACCUCAACUAAAACCAGGAACUGCGGUUCGCAUCCUAGCCGGCGCUGCUGCACACGGCACCGUGAUCGGACAUGCGGAUACACCAAGAUCAUACAUGGUCAGGACCGAAACUGUCCUAGCAAGACGGACCCGAACACACCUGCAGGAGACAACUCCCACGGGAGAUGCCUCCAUACAUGCCGAAAGAACGUCAGGACAACCGGCAGUGACAAGGGGACAAAACAGCGGACAGUCAGUGACCCAAACCAGAUCAGGGCGAGUGGUGAAAAAACCAGAACUUUACGGGUGUGGGGACUGUUCGUAAGUUCGUGUAAAUAUGUUUUGUGGUGUGCUGUUUAAAAAGGGGAGGUGUAAUAUAAAGACGACGACAAGGUUGGGACAUGGCCGUCGCUUGUAUGUGCGAGCUGAGCGCGUGACUUUCAUUAUUAAACGUUCUCUCGUUCUUGGAGACGGUCGCCUUUCUACCCGCUCGACUACGACAGGAAGCGCCUCAAAUUGGCCGCAAAACAAAAAGUUCGAAUGUAUCAAAAGGAGCACUGCGGCACUGGCGGGGGCCCUGAAUUUGAGCUGUCCACAAUAGACAAGGCCAUUUGGGAGGCUCUACCACAAGAAUUUCACAAAGACACCAACGAAUACGACGACGAUGCAACUGCGGCAGAAUCUGAACCACGAGCCUCAGACGUGGCAGGAGAAACCCAGGAAGGUCCCAGGUUCUUAAACGGUUUGUCAUCACAGGAGGCGGUACCUAUACUGUAAUGGAAAGAGAAAGACUAACAUGCUCGUUCUGUUCAGCAGUCCCGUCCUCUGUGCAUCUGGUAGCAUCACAGCAGCCCAACCAACGACACCAGUGGUCACUGAAGUGGCCAACUAUACCACUACACCUUCACAAACUGCAACACAGGGACACAGGUAAGCACCUUGCAGCAAUGUCAAGUGGUGCUGUCAAGUUCUUGGUCAGUCAGUUUCAUAUAUGUUGUUA